AUGUUCUUAUGCUUGUAUGGUCCAUGCCUAUCUACUGCCCUCUACAGUGCUGGAGGCGUAGGUCCAGCUCUCCACCUGGCCGAGAAAGGGAUCCCCGUGAUCCACGACUCCCCCGGCGUGGGCCAGAACCUCAUGGACCACAUCGCCGUCGGCGGCCUGGUCUUCCUUCUCGACCACCCCAUCUCCCUGGUCAUCGGCCGAAUCUUCAACAUCCACGCGUCCAUCCGUUACGCCGUCCUGGGCGACGGCCCCCUCACCUCCUCCGUCGGCCUGGAAACCGUCGCUUUCAUCACCACCAAAUAUGGCAACGUCACCGACGACUGGCCCGACAUCGAGUUCAUGCUUACGUCGUCCUCAACCGUCUCAGACGGUGGUACCCAAUGCAAGAAGGCCCACGGUCUCCGGCAGGACUUCUACGACGAGUACCUAGGUGACAUCACCAACCGCGACGUAUUCGGAGUCUUCCCUAUGAUCCUACGCCCAAAAAGCAGAGGAUACCUAAAGUUGCGAAGCAAGAACCCCUUACAGUAUCCUUUAUUGUACCACAAUUACCUAACGGACCCGGAUGACGUCAGAGUCUUGCGGGAGGGUGUAAAGGCGGGUAUUGCCUUGGCUGAAACCGAGGCUAUGAAGCGCUUCGGGGCCCGGUUUCACGAUCGACCUGUUCCAGGUUGCAAGAAGUUUACGCUAUGGACGGACGAUUACUGGGAUUGCGUCAUCCGGCAGUACACGAUGACGAUCUACCACAUGUCGGGUACGGCUAAGAUGGGUCCGGAGACAGACCCUGGCGCUGUCGUGGACUCCCAGCUUCGGGUUUACGGGGUCCAGGGGUUGCGGGUGAUAGAUGCGUCUAUCAUGCCAGUCAUCACGUCCGGCAAUAUCAACGCGCCGGUCAUCAUGAUCGGCGAGAAGGGGGCCGAUAUGAUUAAGGGCUAUUGGCGCGGGGUCGAUUACGCCGCCGCUGAGAAUCGGAAGAGGCGGAGGCGGCGUAGGAGGAGGGCGCUUGCCGCGAAGUAUAACUUCCAGGCGCCUGCCAGACCGGCGAGGUUUGACGCGCGUUUGAGGAAUGAGACCGGUUGCUAG